AUGGUUUACGAAGCCGAAAUCUGUAUAACGAGCAAUUUGCGAAGGUCACUGGCGGAAUCGUUAAGUUGCGAUCGCCUCGAGAGAUCGGCAAAGACUGAAUUACGGAAAUUGCUUCUUGAUGAUUAUACUGAAUCUUCCAACAAGUCCACAGUUGUACCCAUACGAUUAGUGAAAGCCGUCCACAAAGCUCUAAACCAAGAGAGGAUGGAGCCUAUUUACCUACAUGAAAUGCUGGAAGGUUGUGAAUUACAUUUACCUGAAUACACUGCACCUCCACGGAAUCCAGAACUUGAAACCAGAAUUCAACGUUUGAAAGCAGAAGCAGCUGAGAGAGAAUACAAAAAAAUGACUAAAAACGUUGCAAGUCCGGAAACCUUUUAUAAAGAAAACCUUGGACAUGAAAUGAAAGCAAUGAAUAAUCAAAUAAUUGCUGUGGUCAACUUUGCUGUGACUGUUGUGGGAGCUUUUGUUUUUGGUUACAAAGGUUCUGAAGCUGCCAUGGAAAUUCCAAAUGUUGCAAUUCAACUAACAGUGGCAAUGAUACUUGCAACAAUUGUCUUCUUUGCAGAUCUCUACUUUUUAAUAAAAAAAACAAUGUGA